AUGGGUGCCGUUUCGAGCACCGAAGCCGAAAGGGAGCCGCUUCUUGCGACGCCCAGCCACGUCGCGGCGACGAGAUCUCCGCCGCCCGCCAAUGGCCGAGUGUACGGCAGAAGGUGGCUUGUCCUCAGCCUCUUCUCCCUGCUGGCCCUCAUGCAGGGGAUGGUGUGGAACUUCUGGGGGCCCAUCCAGAACUCGGCAGUACACGCGUUCGGCUUCACCAAGUCUGACAUCGCCGUACUGGUCCUGUGGGGUCCGGUGGGCUUCGUUCCCUGGCUGUUAUUCAUGUGGUUGAUGGAUAAAAAAGGUCUCCGGCCGUCGCUCCUGCUGUCGGCUUUCCUCAUGCUCCUGGGGUCCGUGAUAAGGAGCGUCCCCCUCUCAGACCCGGCUCUCCGACGCUGGUUGAUCCACGGCGGUCAGUUACUGAACGGUUUAGCCGGCCCGACCAUCAUGAGCGCCGGUCCCUUCCUAUCCACCACAUGGUUCGCCCCGGACCAGAGGGCCACCGCCACCGCUGUCGCCUCACUAUUUUCAUACCUGGGCGGGGCCGCCGCCUACGUAGUGGGACCCCUGCUCGUGCCAGCUCCCAAUGGCACGCAGUCGGCGGGACACCGGGUGUGGUUGAUGGCGCCGGUGUCCACGCUUGACACUGUCAUCCGAGAGAAGAUCCAGCUGGUGAUGUAUGCGGAACUGUCGGCUAUCGCUGCGUUGUUUGUGGCUGUUCUCUUCUACUUCCCCUCGCGGCCGCCGCUUCCUCCCAGCGUGGCCGCUGCCAGCCAGAGGCUGAGCUACAAAAGCAGCAUCUGCCGACUGCUCAGUAACCUCCGCUUCCUGAUGAUCGCGCUGGCCUACGCAGUGCCCACUGGAGUGAUCGCCGGCUGGGCGGGCGUCCUUGACAUGAUCCUCACGCCGGCUAAAGUCAGCCAGGUGGACGCAGGCUGGAUUGGCUUUUGGUCCACAGUUGGCGGUUGCGUUUUCGGGGUGGCCAUGGCUAGGUUUGCAGACUCCAUCCGAGGAAUGCUAAAGCUAAUCCUGGUGCUAAUGCUAGCCGGCGCCUCGUUAGCCUCCACCUGGUUCACACUCACCUGCCUCAGCAGGCUUACACACCUGCCCUCCAAUGCAGCCAUCUUGUACACGUCGUGCAUCCUGGUGGGCAUCUUUAUCAACAGCAGCGUGCCCAUCUUCUUUGAGCUCUUCAUUGAGACUGUGUACCCGGUCCCUGAAGGCAUCACGUGCGGGGUGGUCACUUUCCUGGGCAACCUAUUCACCGGACUGCUGCUCUUUUUCCUCUCUUUCUACUGUAAAGAGUUAUCGUGGCUCAACUGGUGUUUGACGGGCUCCUGCGUCUUCAGCCUGGUGCUAAUCCUCUUCUUCCGAGAGUCGUACGACCGCCUCUACUUGGACGUCUUCGUCUCAGUCUGA